AUGGCGGGCCCGAGCGGCGGGGCCCGGUGGCCGCUGCUGCCGCUGCUCCUGCGCCCCCGCCCGCCGCCGCCGCGCAGCAGCCCGGGACCGCCGCGCAGGACCGGGGGCUCGGCGGCAGCGGCGGCUGGGCCGGCGCGGCUGAAAGGACCGGAGGAGCUGCCGGGGCCGGGGCUGCUCCGUACUUUCGUCUGGCUGUUCCUGCGGGGCUACCUGCUGCACACGCACCGGCUGCAGGUGAUAUCCCGACGCCUCUAUGGACCUAUCUGGAAGUCAACCUUCGGACAUUAUAGGAACAUCAACAUUGGGAGCCCAGUGGUGCUGGAGCAGCUGCUGCGGCAGGAGGGCAAGUACCCGAUGCGGAGCGACAUGGCGCUGUGGAAGGAGCACCGGGACACCCGGCGCCUGCCCUACGGACCCUUCACCGAGGAAGGGGAGCGCUGGUACCGCCUGCGCCAGGUGCUCAACAAGCGGCUGCUGAAGCCCUCGGAGGCGCUGCUGUACGCGGACGCCAUCGGGGAGGUGGUGUCAGACCUGAUGGUGCGCCUGCGGGAGGAGCGGAGCCGCAGCCCCUCGGGGGUGCUGGUGGGGGACGUGGCCAACCUGCUCUACCGCUUUGCCCUGGAAGGCAUCUCUUACAUCCUCUUCGAGACCCGCAUCGGGUGCCUCAAGCAGCAGGUCCCUCCUGAGACCCAGCACUUCAUUGACUCCAUCAACCUCAUGUUCAAGAACUCCAUCUUUGCCACCGUCCUGCCCCGAUGGAGCCGCAAGGUGCUGCCCUUCUGGGACCGUUACCUGGACAGCUGGGACACCAUUUUCGCCUUUGGCAAGAAACUGAUUGACCGAAAGAUGGAGGAGCUGGAGGGGCAGGUGGAGCGUGGCACGGAGGUGUCUGGCUACCUGAGCUACCUGCUGGCCAGUGGCAGACUCAGCCUGGAUGAGGUCUAUGGCAGCGUGGCCGAGUUGCUGCUGGCUGGUGUGGACACGACCUCCAACACGCUGUCAUGGGCUUUGUACCACCUCUCCCGGGACCCAGACAUCCAGGAGACCCUGUACCAGGAGCUGAAAGCUGUUGUGCCUCCCGACCGGUUUCCUGCUGCUGAGGAUAUCCCCAAGCUGCCGAUGCUUCGGGCCAUUAUCAAGGAGACUCUGAGAGUCUACCCUGUGGUGCCCACCAACGCCAGGGUCUUCUAUGAGAAGGACAUUGUCAUCGGAGACUACCUCUUCCCCAAGAAUACCCUCUUUGUCCUGGCGCACUACGCGAUGUCCCAUGAUGAGACCUAUUUCCCCGAGCCCGAGCGGUUCCUGCCCCAGCGCUGGCUCCGGGGGCACGGCUCCCCUCACCACCCCUUCAGCUCCAUCCCCUUCGGCUACGGGGUCCGCGCGUGCGUUGGGCGCCGCAUCGCUGAGCUGGAGAUGCACCUGGCCCUUGCCAGGAUGAUCCAGGCAUUUGAGGUGCGGCCAGACCCCCGUGGCGUAGAAGUGACAUCUGUGUCCCGCAUUGUCCUGGUGGCUGACAAGCCCAUCAACCUGGAAUUCAUCGCUCGCCCGGGAGCCCCCUGACUGCACGUCCACCCCCACCCUGAGUGCCAGAUGGAGAUCCCCCUUACUGCCCCACAAGGAGGACAGGAAGGCAAACCCCUUCCCUGGCUAGCUUGGGCCAGGGGGCUCACAGCCCCACAGUGGGAAAGGUGUGGGGGAUGAGAGAUUGACCCAAAUCACCCCUGGGCCACUAGUAGCCCCUUGCCCAAAAUCAGCAGGAGGCUGGGGGAACUGCUGUGCCUUUGACACACUGCAGGGGGGUAGUGUCCCCCCCAUCCCAUGCCCAGCUGGGCUGUGUCAGAAACCCGGGAGCCCUUUUGGGGCUGGGGGAAAGCAGGGAGGGGGCUUGCAGCCAUUCAGUGUCUCCUUCGUCCUGUCCUUGUGUAGCUGCGCGUGGAUCUGUGCCUGGAGCCAGGACAUCUGGGUCCUCUCUGAACAGCUGACCUUGGCCUCAGAAA